AUGGCUGAGCAAAGAAAAUUAAAGGAUAAUUUUCAAUCAGCUGUAAAUUCUUCUAUGCAUGAAGCAAAUGAAAAGAAUGAAGAAGAACAGGAACUGAACGAAACAGCAAAAGCUGACAAAAUGAACGAGGCAAGUAGUGGCACAAUUAAAAAUAGUAAACCAAGCAAUACAGAUGAUAUUAAGAUGGAAGAUAAAGAAAUUGAUAAUACUAUGGAAUUGAAAAAAAAUGAAUCUUCAAAUGCUGAAGUAAAUAUAUUUGAGGACGCAAAAGAAUAUGAUGAAAAUGAAGGCGAAAUUGCAAAAAACCAAAAUACAAAUAAUAAUAAUAAUAAUUCAAAUAAAAAUUCUGAACAUAAUAACAAAGAUAAUGAAAAACAAAUAUCAUCAGAUCUUGAAUGCGUAAUUUGUAUGAAGCUUUUAAUAAUGCCUGUGACCAUACCUUGUGGUCAUAAUUUUUGUAGAGAUUGUUUAGAGAAAGCAAAAGAAUAUAAUGAUACAUGCCCAUUAUGUAGAUCACAUAUGGGUGAUAAACAAAAUGUAAAUAUAUUAUUAGCAGAACUAAUAAAAGAAAAAUAUCCAAAAGCAUAUGCAAAAAGAUUAAAAGAUAUCGAAAUUCUAAAAAUUGAAAAAGAAAAAAAAGUAUUGAAAGAAAGAUUUGAGGCUAUUAAAAAUUCUUCUAUGAUCCCCAUCUUUAAAGCCCCAUUAUCAUUUGGCCCAUAUUUUCCUGGAGAAAUUUUUCAUAUAAAUAUUUAUAAUAAAAAAUUUUUAGAUCUUGUUGAAUUAAUAUCUAACGAAGGUAUAUUUGCUAUUACCUCUAAUAAUAAUAAACACAAUGACAAAAUGUAUGGUAUUCAUGUUAAAAUUUUAGAACGAUGUAUCACUACUCAAGCAUUUAUAGUUAAAUGUAUUGCUAACUAUAGAGUUAUUUUAUAUAAUAUAAUAUAUUUUAGCCAAUAUGAUUAUGAUAUAGCUAGCCAUUCACCUUUAUUCGAUGAAUCGAUUCCUGUAAAUUUUUUUGAUUAUAAUUUAAGUCUCCGCUUAGAUGUAACUGAUUCUGAAUCUAAAACAGUUACAUCUCAGAUAAAUACAUCUAACAAUAACUCAUCUACUAUUUCUUCUACAAAUAAUGACAAUAUUAGAUGCCGAAAAGAAUCAAGAUAUAGCUUUAUUGACGAAGAAAUAAUAAAAUUAGAUGCAUUAAAAAAAUUAUUAAAUAAAAUUGAAGUUGAAGAUGAUAUAAAAUCCAUUUCAUUUUAUUAUGAGCAAUAUAAAGAAAUUGUUUAUAAUGAAAAAGAUAAAACUGCUACUACAACCCAUGCAGAUAUUAAUAAUCCUAUAUACGCUGCACAAAAAUAUUAUUCUUGUAUUAUUUUUUCAAGGAUAUGUUUAUUAUGUAUAAAAUAUCAAUUAAACCGUUUUGGAAAUGCAGGAUUCCGGUUAUUUAAUUCAAAAUUUAGAAAUAUAAAAUUAACAUCAUCGGAACCAUCAAAUGCAGAAUUAGAAAAUUUUUCUUUUUCGUUAAGUAGUGCUAUUAUAUCUAGAUCUAUACAAAAAUGGACAUGGUUUAAAACAACAAAUACUACUGAAAGAUUAGAAAGCAUAACACAAUAUUUUUUAAAAAAAAAAAAUAAAAGUAUUCUUGCUCUUGAUAAUUCACGAUCUCCUAUUAUUCAUAGGCUUUUUAUGUUAGAUUCCAUUACAUCUUCUUUAUUAAUCCUUGUAUUUAUUUCUUUUGUUGUCUUUGUAAAAUAUUUUUUUUACUACAAUACAUAA